UGCGCGGCAGCAUUUUGUGGUUACAGGGCCAGCAUAUCCUCUCUCAGGUUUCUCUCUGCAUUAACCUAACAUCUCGCGUACAUCUUGCAAUCGAUAUCUCUCUGCUUGCAUCACAAUUGAGCCGACUGAGGAGGUCGUCGGUUAGGUCAAGCCUCAUUCCUCGUCAAACGUUUCGUGCAAACUGUCACACGUCACGUUAGUUCUUUAAUCUCAACAAGACUCUUUACAUCAACAAGCAAUUGUGUCAAAAUGCCUAUUAAAAGCAUUAAAGCCCGUCAAAUCUACGAUUCCCGUGGAAACCCUACAGUAGAGGUCGAUCUUGUCACCGAGCUUGGACUUUUCCGAGCAGCAGUACCAUCCGGUGCCUCUACUGGUGUCCACGAAGCCUUGGAAUUGAGAGAUAAUGAUAAAUCAAAAUAUCAUGGAAAGUCGGUUUUUAAAGCUAUAGAAAACGUAAAUUCCAUCAUUGCUCCUGAAUUAUUGAAGGCCAACCUAGAAGUUACACAGCAAACGGAUAUCGAUAAUUUCAUGCUGAAGCUGGAUGGCACACCAAAUAAGUCCAAACUUGGAGCAAAUGCAAUUUUGGGUGUCUCUUUAGCAGUUUGCAAGGCUGGCGCUCAGAAAAAGGGCUUGCCUUUGUAUAAACAUAUUGCUGAGUUGGCUGGUAAUAAUGACAUAAUCUUGCCAGUACCAGCAUUCAAUGUUAUUAACGGAGGUUCUCAUGCUGGAAACAAGCUGGCUAUGCAAGAGUUUAUGAUCUUGCCUACUGGUGCGUCCAACUUCACAGAAGCGAUGAAAAUGGGCAGUGAAGUCUACCACCACUUGAAGGCAGGUAUCAAGAAGAAAUUCGGCCUCGAUGCCACGGCAGUCGGUGACGAGGGUGGUUUUGCACCAAACAUUUUGGAAAACAAGGAAGCUCUUAAUUUGAUCAUGAAUGCUAUUAAGACCGCUGGUUAUGAAGGAAAGAUCAAGAUCGGCAUGGACGUUGCUGCUUCUGAAUUCCAUAAAAAUGGGAAGUAUGACUUGGAUUUCAAGAAUGAGAACUCUGAUCCAAGCACAUAUCUGGAACCAGAAGCGCUGAAGAAUUUGUACUUGGAAUUUGUCAAAGAAUUCCCGAUUGUAUCGAUUGAGGAUCCCUUUGACCAGGAUGGCUGGGAUUCUUGGACAUCUAUGACCGCGGCUACUCCCAUUCAAAUUGUUGGUGACGAUCUUACCGUCACAAAUCCCGAGAGAAUUAAGACGGCUAUUGAGAAGAAAGCUUGCAACUGUUUAUUGUUAAAAGUCAAUCAAAUCGGUAGCGUGACCGAAUCCAUCAACGCUCAUAAUCUUGCCAAGAGUAACGGUUGGGGUACUAUGGUCUCUCAUCGUUCUGGAGAAACGGAGGAUACGUUUAUUGCUGACUUGGUCGUUGGUCUUUCGACUGGCCAAAUUAAGACGGGCGCACCCUGCCGUUCGGAACGUUUGGCCAAGUACAAUCAGAUCUUGCGUAUCGAGGAAGAACUUGGAGCAGCCGCGAAAUACGCUGGAGAGAAAUUCCGCAAACCUCACGCUUAAAGGAGAUAACUGUCAUAGUUCAUUAUCGCACAAUUUUAGCAGUCCGUAAUGUCAAUCAGUUAUUCAUUUUGUGAUCAUUCUAGGUACAGUGUAGUUUGAAGACAUAUCUUUCUUAAUCCAGAUAAACAAUUCAUGAUAUACAUCAUGCACAGUAAUAGAGAUUAUGCCAAAUAUGAUACAGUUGUCACGUUAGGAAUCCAUAAAAAGGAGAUUUAUUCUAUAGAGAACGAAAAAGGAUGUAAAGUUGACAAUGUUAUAGUUCUCCUUUUUUGUUUUAUUAAUUUAUUAAGUCAUUAAUAAUUUUCAUUUUUUAUUUUU